AUGUACCAUCUUGCCAAGUCGCUUUAUCUAUAUGCCACCAGCAAGGAGGAAUACUCGGUACUCCUACUCGGCCUCGACAACGCAGGUAAAACAACGCUACUUUCGCAAAUCAAGGCCCUCUACCUUCCACAGCCUGAUGGCGCACCUCCACCCAAUGUUGGGCGCACAGUCCCCACCGUGGGACAGAACGUCGCUACCAUCCCCUUACAAGACAUGUACCUGAAGAUCUGGGACGUUGGCGGGCAGACCACCAUGCGCGGCCUCUGGCAAAGCUACUAUUCCAGCUGCCAUGCAAUCAUAUUUGUGGUCGACAGCACGGACGUCGGCGAAGGACUGGAAGACUUCGCGUCUGGAGCGGCCGUCGGAGCCGCCUCGGGUGGUGACAACAACGGCGUCAACGGGGCGUCGCACGGCCGCCUGGGCGAAUGCAAACAGGUCCUGGAAUCGGUGCUCCAGAACGCGGAUGUCGCUGGUGUGCCGAUUUUGGUGCUGGCGAACAAACAGGACCGAGAGGACUGUGUGGAAGUCGUGCGGAUCAAGGAAGGGUUCGUUCGGCAGGUCUUCGAGGGCGAGAAGGGCGCCGGCGUACGCGACAGUCGAGUGCUUCCGCUGAGUGCUCUGCUGGGCACCGGCGUUCGCGAGGCUGUGGAAUGGGUGCAAAGUCGAGUGAAGUGGAACAAGGAGGGGCGUCCUCCGGUUAUGCGAUGA